AAGUGACGCAGCAGGGCCAAAAAAAACACAAAAAAACACAACGCAGCGCGAACAUGGCGGCGCUGCUGAGAGGUCUCCGUGCUGGAAGGGCACUCAGGGGGCUGGGCAGCGUGGUUGCUGCACCAACAGUGCAGAGCGUCAGCCUGAGACGAAGCUUUCACCGUGCAGCACUGAGGCUUCAGGAUGAAUCCAAAUCUGACAAACCCCCUUCCUCCUCAUCCUCAACCUACCACGAGCACUACCAGGCCCACCAACACAACCCGGAAUCUGACCCAGCAGCCGAGGAGGCCUCCAGGCCAAACACCAGUUACCAGGACCAGGGCGGAGAGCAGGGUGAAGAAUACGAAACAGAGGAGCAGCUUCAGGCUCGAGUCCUGGCUGCCGCUCUGGAGUUCGUCCCUCAGCACGGCUGGUCCAUGGAAGCCAUCGCUGCUGCUGCUGAGACACUGGGCCUGUCCUCUGCCUCCACUGGUAUGUUCUAUAAUGGAGCUGGAGACUUGGUCCUGCACUUCAUCGCCCACUGCAACUCCCAGCUGACGGAGAUCCUGGCUGAACAACACAACCAGGUCCAGCUGGGCCAGGCCGAACCAAAGAAGACUGCUGAAUUUCUGAGAGAUGCUGUAGAGACCAGGCUGAGGAUGCACAUCCCCUACAUUGAAUCUUGGUCACAGGCGAUGAGCAUCCUGCUGCUUCCUCACAACAUCCCGGACAGCCUGAAGCACCUCUCCACCCUGGUGGACGACAUCUGGUACUACGCCGGUGACCGCUCCACAGACAUGAACUGGUACACCAAGCGGGCGGCGCUGACGGGCAUCUACAACACCACAGAGCUGGUGAUGCUGCAGGACUCUUCUCCAGACUUCCAGGACACCUGGAGCUUCCUUGACAACCGCAUUCAGGAUGUCGUCAACAUGGCCGCCACCGCCAAGCAGGCGCAGGCAACUGGUGAAACAAUGGUGCAGGGGCUUAUGGGAGCUGCUGUUACACUGAAGAACCUCACAGGACUGAACCAGAGGCGAUGAUGGAAAAAAUCUCUCACCCAUGCUGAUCCCAACUGCCUGGACAGUGUCGAGAGCUGACGAUAAAUUUUAAUUUUGCUCAUAUUUCUGAUAACUGUAAAAGUGUGAAAGUAUUGGGUUAUGGAUUGUGUUACUCUAUUUGUCACAAGCCAUGGUGAUAAGCCAGUCUCUGUUCCCCUGGAAGACCGGUGGCUAGUCUUGUUUUGCUGUCCCAAGAUUUCACUCUCCUGCUCAGAUUAUUUUUUCCCUUCGGACAUAAUGAUCUGUCAUUUCUUGUUGGAUCGAAACUUCAAUAAAGACAAAGUUAUAUAUUGUG